CACUGGCCAAUGUAUGCUUUUGGUCAAGUCAUUUAAUCUACUUGGACCCCAGAGUCCAUAUCUUAAAAUGAGGGUCAUACUCUUACUCCCUAUUUUACAGGGAUGUUGGCAUGAUAAAAUGAACCAACUGACGUGAAAUGCUUUGGAAACAUUAUAGCAGUGUAUCUUUUGUUAUAUAAUGCUCUCAGGGACCACCUUUGCAUUUCUAGAGGUUUGAUGUCUUUCUCACCUUCCUCCUCAACUUUACCACCCUUCCCUGAACUUUAGAGACAUCAGUGUCCAUGCAGAUGACCUUGCCGACCCCCUGGGUCUCUCACAGACCCUCAGGUCUCGGUCGUGGACCCUCCAGGUCUCUCCCUUGCUGCCUCCCGGGUGUGCUCUCCACUUUACUCUGCUGACCUCCAACUCAGCUCCAUAUUGGUCACACACUAAGAUGAACUCAUCCUGGAUGUUGGAGUUAUUAACUGCUUCCCUGCCUCAAAUACCACAAACUAGGUCCCCUUCACCUUCAGUUCAGAAAUUAUUAUUAAGAUUUUCUAACCUGCUGUCUCACCCACAUUCCCUCCCAUACCAGAGCUGUUUUCCCCUCCCCUACUGACCACUUUCUCCUCUCCUGCACUUAUGCUGCUUCAUGGAUCUUGGUGGAAAUCCUAAAUCCAUUGUUGACCUUUGCCCCUAUAAAUUGCCAGUCUCACCUAAACUAGAUUAACCCGGAGGACCACCACUGGUGAGUGAAAACACAAACAAAAGCUCCAAGAUCUUACAGUUGAUGGAUAGUUUUUAGCAUGAUGCCAUGUAACCUGUGAAUGCUCAAUAAUGGCAAGUGAUGGUGAUAACUGAGGCUCCGGGAUGAUGUUCUGGCCUUAACCCUAUCCACCUGGAUUCCACAUCAUUGCCAGGAAACUUCAAACUUCAAGCACAAAACUUUGAGGAUAGGGAAGACCCAGUAACGAACCAGGGCAGAAAAGCUCCUUUUGGACAUCCUUGCUGUGGACCCUCAAGAGAGAAGUGCUUGCAAAUCAGAAAAAGGACCAAAGGUAUUUAAUCCAGAUGGAUAAGCAAAGGAAAGUGGCAAAAACAAAACUGGUUCCUGGACUUCCUGUUGGACCAGAAAAUUCAGAUAUGCCCCAGAUGGUGCCAGAAAAGAAUUUUAUUCCUGAACAGGUUGUCACUGAAGAAGGUAACAGUCCACCGCUAGUGCCUUCUUCCCAGCCUUUAGGGAGAAACAUUGCUGGAAAACACUUUCCUGUAAUUCACAUGCAAGAUGUGAAUACAAAGUCCAAGUCUUUCAUACCGCCUUCUGGAAAAAAUGUAGAGAAACACUUCCCUACUAUUCCAGCAUCAGUCCAGGGGCAAAAUGUGGAUUCGAAGCCCAAGUCUUCCUGCCUGCUUUCAGGAAACAGAGAAGAGAAACACUUCCCUGCGAUUCCAACAAAAGUAAGGGGGAAAAAUGUGGAUUCAAAACUCCAAUUCCCCUUAAGACAAUUAAGGAAAUAUAAGGAAGCACAGUCAGAGGCUUUACAGCCUAAAUUGGAAUCAGAGCUUAAUAAAAACAUAAACAUAACUCUACCACACCUGAAAUCUGAAGUGAGUGCUUCUAAUUUGGUGUAUGAAGAUAUUCAGUUUCCAGAUUCCAUUGAAGAAACUGUAAAUCAACAAACAAUUGCCAUAGAAUCAAGAGAAAAAAAGUGUGAAACUGUUGGUACUCAGAAGGCUAAGAGAGUUGAAUUUAAACGAAAGACUUUUUCAUAUGAUCAAACAGAACCAGAUGAUGACCGUGCAGAAAGUCACAUUUUGAGACUAAGAAAAAAACUUGGUUGGCAAACCUUGUUACCCCAGCGAGGAUUUGUAUAUGAACAACCUGAGAAGAUUUCUAAUCUGGAAGCUAAAUUGGGGGAAAAAUUUGCUUUACAAGAUGAUGGGGAAUAUGUUUACUGUCUUCUUAGACAUAGGAAUAAUCCCAAAACUUUCUAUAAUCCAUAUGAUCUUCAAGUAGUCUCUGCCAACACAGCAAGAAACUGCAGAGAAUAUUGGCUUAUUACUGCUUCAUAUAUCUCAAAGGUUACUCGAGUAGCUGGUGGUGAAGAAGUAGAAAUGAUGUCCGUUUUAGAAUGGCUGUGUGAACGGAGACUGUACCAUUCAUUAUGUAAAUUUCGUGUUUUUUCUAAAUUUAGAAUCAUGAAAGCUUUUGUUACUUGGAGAAUCAACGUUCAAAGACAAAAGACAGAUAACAGCAGGUCGAAACUGUACAAAUGGCUUUUUUUGGUUGAUGAGUUAUUUCAAGGCUGCUUACUCUAUAUACAAGGGCUCUGUGAAGAUGUACUUCAUGUGAAAAAUGUCGAAAAUUCUGAAGAAAGUUCUUUUGACAUCUGCAUGGUAAAACUGGAUAGAUCGCGUACAUAUUCUUUGGAUGAGUUCUGUGAGGAGCAGUAUCGGCAACAAGCCCUGUCAUUGAAACAACUAGAGUCUUUCAAGAGUAAAGCAAUUUCAGAGCUAAAACGUACAUUUUUAAAGGUGGCAGAAAGGGAAGGAAUUCAAAAUUUUUUUAAGCCUGAAUCAUUUGAUCAUAGAGAAACAAACUAUACCAAAAUAUUUGACUGUCGCCAUUGGAUGAAACGAUUCUUUUCAUUUCUUCGACUUGUGGACAGCAUGUUCCAAGAACUACUUCAUCAGUUGAUGCACAAUGCACUACAGCUGCUUUUGGAUUUAUUUACUGAUUCUGGAAAAAUGAAAUCUUCAGUUGAAAAGAAGAAUGAAAGUCUCAUUAAAUUAUCUAAAUUGGAUUCAGUCAGCCAAAAGAAAUUUAAUUUAAAGGAUGCAUUUCAAAAACAAGUGCGUGUUUCACAACCACAUAAACCCUGUACUCCCCAUUUACAAAUAAGGACACAAGAGGAUAUUAAUAAGGUGUUGGAUAACAUAAAAAGACAAGAGGAAUUGAAAAGAGUAUAUGCCCCAAUAUUUGAAGUAAACAUAGCUUUGCGGAGUUCUGUUAAGAAUUUGUAUGAAAGGAGCAGUUCUCAAUCCGAAUCUCUGGAGUCCUCUACUUCCGAUGAGAUUGUAACAAAGUCUACGGGAAAACGAGAAAGUGACGAAGGGUUGAAAAUGAUCAAGACUGCCAAAAAGAGAACAACUGAAGUACUGUCCAAAAGUGCCAGAAGACUAAAAACUUAUCAAUAUACUACUCAAGAAAAUUUUUCUGGCACAGACGUCUCAAGUGAGUCCGAGGAAGAUGGUGAUGAAUUAAGAUAUAAACCACUUUCACAGUAUUCUUCAAGCCUCUUUCUAACUCCCAACAGACUGGAGUUUUCUAUACAAAUUCAAAAAAUGGUGGAUAAACUUGAACAUUCUCUAACUCAGAUUGGGCCUUUUAGUCAAGAUCCUCGUCUGUCUGGCUUUGUCUCUUGGCCUUCAAAUAUGAAAUCGCCUAAUGAAACAGAACUGGUGAAAAUACAUGAUCUUUCUCCAUGGCCAGAUUGUUAUGUUCUCUUUGGAAUGGAUUCAUAUUACCAGGAUAAAAUUGUGAACAUCCUGACUAUUCUAAGUGAUUCAAUGGCACAAGUUCAGACAUAUAGCCAAAACUUUCUGCACUAUUGUACCAUGGUGGAUCAAGCUAAAGCUAUGACCUUGAAAAUUUCAGUAGCAGAAGGAAAGUUGUCUGCAGGUGACUUUAAACAUAUUUUGAAUAGGUACACAAAAUACGUUGAAGAAAUUAUUGAAAUGAUCAUUGAAAAACGCAUCGGUAUUAUCAAAGUUAUGAGUCUUCACUAUCAGGCAGACUGUUUGCCAUGUGUUGAAGAUGUAGUUAAAAUGAGCCAUUCAUGCUUGCAGUCCCUAAUUCAAGAAAAGAACACAUAUCUCUUAAAUGUUAUCGAGUUAUCUUUGGUCAAACUGGAGAGUCAACCUGUCACAGUGGAAGAAUUUGUGGAUCACUUGACUUUCCUAGAUCAAAUUUCUUCUGAAAUACACUCAUUAGAAGGAGAAUAUAAAGUUGUCUCUCAGCUGUUUUCUGUUAUGAAGUUGUAUAAUGUCUUUCUUUCUGAGGAACAAGUAGCCUCAUAUCAAAGCCUUCUUUUCAAAUUUCGUCAACUUAAAUCAACUAUUCGAAUUUGUGAGGUACAAAAGAAUCAGUCCAUUGUCCAAUUCCAGGGAGGCUUAGAAGUAUACUUUGGCAAUCUACAGCUUGAAGUUAAAGAUCUAAAGUACAAAGUAAGGACCCCAGUUCUCCUGCAUUCUAGCACUUGUCCUAAAAGAGCUAAGGAGAUGAUCCAGAAUCUCUCAGAGCAAACUGCUGCAUUAUCUAACAAAGCCCAAACAUAUGCAAGUUAUAGAGAUUGCUUUGACAGUUCUGUUUCUGAAGUAAAAUCUAAAAAUAAGGAAGAAAGCAGUAUUACAACUGCUCAAGCUGUGACUACUGAAAUAUCUGAAAUAGAGUGUGAUUUAACUUUAAGGAGAAUAUUGUGGGAAGCUCAAGAGGAAUGGGGAAGACUGUCCCUUGAGUGGAAGCAUAGCCUUUUGGAGAAUAUUAACGUAGAACUAAUUCAGAAGAUUGUUACAAGGUUCAUGCAUAUGAUAUAUAUGCUGGAUAAAGGUUUACCUAAAAAUGAGAUGGUGAGAUGUCUGAAGCAGUCCGUGAUGGAUUUUAAACAAGGACUGCCCACCAUUGUGGCUCUAGGAAAUCCGUACCUCAAACCAAGACAUUGGGAGGAGAUACAAAAAUCUAUUGGGCAGUCAAUUACCUUGGAUAAAAACCGUACGCUAGAGAAACUUUUAGAGCUCAAGAUGUUUCAUUAUGAAGAUAAAAUCAAUGAAAUAUCAAUUAUGGCUACUAACGAAGCUACUCUUGAAAAAAUGUUGGAUAAAAUUAUUUACCUUUGGAGCAACACCCCUUUACGUAUGGUUACUCAUCAGUCAGGUGCUUCCACAGUCCUGAUUAUUUCCUCUGUGGAUGAUAUAUUGGCUCAGUUAGAAGAGUCUCAAGUUUUAAUUUUAUCAAUUAAAGGAUCUUCUCAUCUUGGGCCAAUUAAGAAUCUUGUGGAUGAAUGGGAUCAAAGACUAAUGCUCUUCUCUCGCACUCUGGAUGAAUGGAUGACCUGUCAAAGAAACUGGCUGUAUCUUGAACCGAUAUUUCUUACUCCUGAAAUACAAAGACAGCUUCCAACAGAAGCAAAACUUUUCUCUCAUACGACUAAUAUAUGGAAAGAAAUAAUGUCAAGAACUGAAAAUAAAUUAGAUGCUCUGAAAGUAGCCACAUCUGCAGGAGUCCUUGAAAUGUUGCAGACGUGCAGUACAUAUCUUGAAAAAAUAAAGAAGUGCCUUGAGGAUUAUUUUGAUACUAAAAGGAUGAUUUUCCCAAGAUUUUACUUUCUCAGCAAUGCUGAACUUCUUGAUAUUUUAGCUGAAAGCAAGAAUCCUGAGGCUGUACAGCCUCACCUUGUGAAAUGUUUUGAGAAUAUAAGGCAGUUAUAUAUAUGCAGGCAAGAAAGGAGCCCUCCCAUGGUGGUGUUCAUCAUUUCCGCCGAAGGAGAAACACUUCUGGUGCCAAAGAAAAUCCGGGUAAGAGCAGCUGUAGAGCAGUGGCUGGUAAAUGUGGAGAACAGCAUGUUUGAUAUGGUAAAAAAAUUUGUAAACAAGGGAGUUGAGGAAUGGGAACAAACGGAAUUUCGACAGUGGGUACAGAGUCACCCAGGACAAGUGGUGCUUGUUGUGAGCCAAAUCAUGUUUAAUAAGGAUUGUGUAAAAAGUUUCCAGAGUUCAAAUCCAAAGAAGGAACUGGAAAAAGUUCACGCUGAACUGGUGAACCAUCUAGAGAAGCUUGCAGACCUGGGGGUGUCAGAUAAUCUUCACUUUCGAACAAAAACCACACUAGAAGCCCUGCUUACCCUUUAUGUUCACUGCAGAGAUAUCCUGACAGAUCUAAUCCACAAACAAAUCUUCAAACUAAACGAUUUUGAAUGGACAAGGCAAUUGCGGUAUGAGUGGAGUGAAAGGCAAAGACUGUGUUUUGUAGUUCAAGGUAAUGCCAACUUUACUUAUGGCUACGAAUACUUGGGCUGUUCUUCACGAUUGGUUAUUACACCUCUUACGGAUCGAUGUAGGCUGACCCUUACUGAAGCACUCCACUUGAAUCUAGGGGGCUGUCCUGCUGGCCCUGCUGGAACAGGGAAAACUGAGACUGUCAAAGAUCUAUCGAAAGCCUUGGGUAAACACUGUGUCGUCUUUAACUGUUUUGAAGGUUUGGAUUAUAAGAUGAUGAGAAAAUUAUUUUAUGGAAUAGUGCAGUCAGGAGCAUGGUGUUGUUUUGAUGAAUUCAAUCGAAUUGAUAUGGAAGUUCUCUCUGUAAUUGCCUCACAAAUCCAGGCAAUUAAGGCAGCAAAAGAUACUCGCUCCAUCAGGUUUGUUCUGGAGGGAAAAGAAAUUCGCAUCAACCUGUCCUGUGGCGUCUUUAUCACCAUGAAUCCUGGGUACAAAGGACGUGUGGAACUCCCAGAUAAUUUAAAAUCUCUGUUUCGCCCAGUGUCAAUGAUGGUUCCGAAUUAUCACCUGAUUGCUGAAAUAAUGCUGUUUUCAGAAGGUUUCAAAUCUGCAAAAUUAUUGUCUCGAAAACUAGUUAAUCUUUACCAACUAGCCAGCAAGCAACUUUCUGAACAGGAUCAUUAUGAUUUUGGUAUGAGGGCCAUAAAGACGGUGCUAAUAAUGGCUGGACAGAAGAAACUGGAAUUCAAAAACACAAGUUGUGAGAUUCUUACUGAAGAACAAGAAACUCAGAUCAUUAUCAAGGCAAUGAAAGAAGCUAGUUUGCCCAAGUUUCUACCUGAAGAUGUCCCAUUAUUUGAAAAUAUUAUGAAAGACAUUUUCCCUGGAGUUGCAGUUCCAAUAAUAAACUAUCCCCUCUUAGAGAAAGCAAUAUCUAUUGUAACACAUCAAUUAGGUUUGCAGCCUUGGACAUCUCAGAAAGAGAAGGUUAUACAAUUUCAUAAUCAAAUUCAGGCAUGUCUUGGUGUGAUGUUAGUUGGCCCCACAGGUGGAGGAAAGACAACAGUCCGAAAAAUUUUGGAAAAAGUGUUAAUAAUCUUGCCGUCCAUAAAUUUAAUAUCACCCGACAAUUGUGGUACCAAACCAAGGAGUAUUAUGAAGACUUCGGUGAGAAAAGGAAAAGUAGAAACAUAUAUUUUAAACCCAAAGUGUAUUACUCUUGGGGAGCUGUACGGACAAAUGGAUCCUAACACCAUGGAAUGGUCUGAUGGCUUAUUAUCGUCAACAGUUCGAAAAUUUGUAAAGCAUUCCACUAGAAAGCAUGUAAGCAUGGAUCUAAACCCCGAAAUAACUUCAGAAACCUCAGCUUUUCCCAAUGUUUUCACAAUUGAUUCCGGAAACCAAGAAGAAUGUGCUCAUAAUGUUCUUGAGAAGGAUAAAGAGAGUAACCCAACAGAACAGGGUUAUGAUAAAACAUCUACUGACUGGCAGUGGAUAAUCUUGGAUGGUCCAGUAGACACUGAGUGGAUAGAAAAUUUAAACACAGUGCUGGAUGACAACAGAACCUUAUGCCUUGCUAACAGUGAGAGAAUACUUUUAACAGAGAAAAUCAGAAUGAUUUUUGAAGUUGACAGUCUUUCCCAAGCUAGUCCUGCAACUGUUAGUCGAUGUGCAAUGGUCUAUAUGGAUCCUGUUGAUCUGGGAUGGGAGCCAUAUAUUAAGACAUGGCUUUGCAAAAAUUCUCACAUUAUCACACCAAGUGGUGUAAAAUGUCUUGAAAGCUUAUUUGAAAAAAGUGUGAAAGAAGGACUCAACUUUUUAAAAAAACAUAAGAAAAUGCAACCAUUUCCUGUUCAGGAGGAAGGAGUUGUCAUGAACCUGUGUAGAAUCCUUGGUGCUUUCAUUGAUUUCAUGAGCAAGAAUGGAGGUUUUGGUCAAAAUGAUUUUAACAAGGCUGAAAGUGAUGGAAAUGGCUCAGUAAUGAACAAAGCUACCUCUCUCCAUACUUUGCCAUCUUUGGUUAAAUUCAAGAACCAAGUUUCAACACCUGUGAUAGAAAAUAAGAAGAGGGACGAGCAAAAGUGGUAUCUCGAGAGGUGCCCUGAAAAUCUGUCACAGCUGUUUCAGAAGAUUUUUGUGUUUGCUUUUACUUGGGCAUUUGGGGGUGUCUUAAAACGGGAAGAUGAACAUGAAGAUGACACGCUGAUUAGCUUAAGUUACGGACACGAGUUUCUUGCCAAAGUAACAUAUGACUUUGACAGUCUAGUUCAUGAAUUAUUUGAAGGGGAACCACCAUUAGCCAUUCAUUUGCCACGUGGAGAGUGCUCGAUCUUUGGCUAUUUUGUGGAUUUACAAACGGGUGAUUUUGCACCUUGGUCAGACCUUGUUCCCAGUACUCAGUUUUUAAUUCAAAAUGGAAUUGUACCCAACUCAAAUUCUGAAGCUUCCAAGAAUAAAGAAAUGAAUGAAGAUGAAUGCCAGGUGUUUCUUCAUCACAUUUCUACUAGAGAUACAGUAUGUUUUUCAUUUCUGAUAAGUCUUCUUCUAAGAAGUAAGCAUCCAGUACUUAUCACAGGAGACACUGGUGUGGGGAAGACUGCCGUAAUUAAACAAAUGCUGAAAAAACUUGAGACCCAAGGUGGAUUACAUGUGAAAUCUGGAACGCUUUUAGGAGACAUUUUCUAUCAUAGUGAAACUAAAAAAACAAGCAGCCUGAAACAGAUUAGCUCCUUGGUUCCUGAAAUCCAUUCAGACCUCCGUAAGCCUCUGCUGCCAUCCACUGGAAUUUCAGGAAAAGCUGUGAAAUCCGUCCAUAUGGAAUAUGCCACUGAUAAUGGUAUGAGUUCAUCAAGAAAAAAUAUGGGUGUUAUAGUAACCACAGUUCAGUUUGGUUCCCAAACCACUGCUGCCAAAACCCAAGCUUCGAUUCUUAAGAAUUUAAUACGAAAAAGUAAAGACACACAUGGUGCUCCGAAAAACAAAAAGGUAAUAGUAUUUAUUGAUGAUCUGAAUAUGCCGAUACCAGAGAGGUAUGGAGCCCAGCCACCACUUGAACUAAUCCGACAAUUCUUAGAUUUGGGAGGGUUUUAUAAUACAGAACAACUUGCAUGGAAGAAUAUUCAAGAUAUCUCUCUGGUUGCAGCUUGCGCUCCUCCAAGUGGUGGGAGAAAUGAUAUCAGUCCACGACUUCUCAAACAUUUUUGCAUGCUAGUGAUGCCUCAUCCUUCACAAAAUGCCUUACAUCACAUUUUUCAGGUUCAUAUGGGAAUAUAUUUACAGAAAAAUAACUUCUUAUCUGAUGUCCAGAGGUGCAGGGAUUAUCUGGCAUCUUCUGCGCUGGCUUUGUACUAUAACAUGUGUCAGAGUAUGUUACCAACUCCAGCUAAGUGCCAUUAUAUGUUUAAUCCUCGAGAUUUGUUUAAGCUUCUUCAAGGAUUGCUGCAAGCCCACAAGACUGUUAUUAUCUCUAAAGAAACAACUGCUCUUCUCCUGGUACAUGAAGCCACCCGAGUGUUUCAUGAUCGUUUAAUCGAAUCUACAGAAAGAAAACUUUUUCAUCAGUAUCUUUCUAAGGUGUUAUACAACUAUUUUAAGAUCACAUGGACUCAGGAAGAACUGAUGAAUGAACCAACCGUAUUUGCAGAUUUUUUGGAUGUAAAUAAGCCCAAUAAAAGGAGAAUCUACCGGAACAUCAAUGACUUCAAAAAGCUUGCUGAUUUACUCGAUGAAUUCCAAAUAAAUUUGGGUUCUGCAAGCGUUGAGGUUUCACAUUCGAUAGUAUUCUUUAAGGAAGCCAUAGAACAUAUUACAAGAGCUGCUAGAGUCCUUCGACAAGCAGGGAGUCACAUGUUGCUGGUUGGAUUAGAUGGAUUUGGGAAAGUAACCUGUGCAACGAUAGCCUGUUAUCUGUUAGACUGCAAUAUCUACCGAUUGUCGGUGACUCGCAAUUACGGCCACAUGGAUUUCAGAGAAGACAUAAAAAACGUCUUCUGGAAAGCAGGACUAGAAGGAAAAAGAACUGCUCUGCUUAUUGUGGAUUCAGACAUUAUUCAGGAAUCCUUUUUAGAAGACUUGAACUGCAUUCUGAACACAGGAAAUAUACCCGAUCUGUUUGAAAAUGAGGAGUUGGGUAAUAUUGCAGAAAAUAUUAGCUCUGUUGUUAAACAGGAAAACAACACCAGUAGCAGACAAGCUAUUCUUUCAUUCUUUUUAAAGGAAGUUUAUAGAAAUCUUCACAUUAUUCUGACCGUAAGCCCAGCUGGAUCUAACUUCCGCAAAAAUUGCCGGAGAUAUCCUGCUUUGGUUAGCUGCUGCACCAUCGACUGGUACGAGAAGUGGCCUGAAGAAGCUCUCUUGAAUGUGGCAAAUUGUCAUUUAAGACAAAAGAGCUUUUUGGAUGGGAGACAGAAUUUAAUAGAAGUGCUUGCCAAAACGUGUGUUGAAAUUCACAAUAGUAUAACUGAAAUGGCACAACAUUAUUGGGAGGAAACUAAAAGGCACUACUAUAUCACACCCAGUAGCUUUUUAAAAUUCAUAGCUACCUUUGCCCACAUUUUUAAAAUAAGAGAAAAGAAAACCCAGAUCAAGAGAGAUCGUUUUUUUAUUGGUCUAUCCAAACUUCUGGAAACCACAUCAUUGGUUGCAGAAAUGCAGGAAGAGAUGCUGGUGCUUGGUCCUCAAAUAGAACAGAAAACAAAGGACAUGGAAAUCCUGCUGCAAAAACUAGAGCGAGAUUCCCAUGUAGUGGAGCAGGUUCAGGCUCUCGUUAAACAAGAUGAAGAAAUCAUGGCUCAGGAAACAAAAAUUGUGGAAGACUACGCUCAGCAAACAACCGAAGAACUAAACGCUGUACUACCAGCUCUUGAAAAAGCAGUCAUUGCUCUAGAUGCCCUGGAUAAAUCUGACAUCUCUGAAUUGAGAGUGUAUGCGCAUCCCCCGUAUCUCGUACUGACUGUCAUGAAUGCAGUUUGUGUCGUGCUGCAGAAGAAGCCCAGUUGGUCCACUGCAAAACUACUUCUUGCGGAUGCGGGAUUCCUCAAAAAAUUAGUUAACAUUGAUAAGGAUAACAUUCCAGAAAAGGUAUUUUUUCAUCUAAAAAAAUAUCUAAGAAUUCGUGAUUUCACCCCAGCAAAGGUUGGGCAGGUUUCAGUCGCUGCUUGUUCUAUGUGCCAAUGGGUUAUAGCGUUGAAUAAUUACCAUGAAGUGCAAAAGCUCCUGGAACCCAAAAAACGCCAAGUAGCUGAAGCUCAAGAAGUACUUAAACUGGCUCAACAUAAACUGGCAGAAAAACAAAGGGGCUUAGCCUUAGUUGAAGAACAUCUACAAACUUUACAAAAGUCGUACAAUAACAGCGUCACCGAGAAAGAAGUUCUGGCAAAUCGGAAGCAGUUGACGACUAGGCGGUUGCACAGUGCCUCUAUUUUACUAACGGCUCUGGAUGAUGAGAAGGUUCGAUGGGAGGAAACAGUGAACAAAAUGGACCAAAGGUUGGAAGGAAUUAUGGGUGAUAUCCUUGUUUCAGCUGCAUGCAUUGUCUACAGUGGAGUGCUAACAGCGGACUACCGCCACCAGAUUGUGGAUAAGUGGCAGAAACUCUGUAACAAAAAUAACAUCCCUAUGUCUCCCAACUAUUCGUUAACUGGAAUUAUGUCAACAACAAAUGAGAUUCGUAAAUGGCAAAAUGAAGGUUUGCCUCUUGAUCAAUAUUCAAUCGAAAAUGCCAUCUUAGUAAAGAAUGGACAGCAGUGGCCUUUGCUGAUUGAUCCACACAGACAGGCUUACAAUUGGAUAUGCCAAAUGGAGAGCGGCAAACUACAACAACUUACUGCUAAUGAUUCUAAUUAUAUUAAAAAAGUUGAAAAUGCUAUGAAAACCGGAGGAUGUAUUCUCUUACAGAAUCUUCCUGAGACACUGGAUCCAAAUUUAAAGGCCGUCUUAAAAAUGGAUGUUUAUCGGAGAAGAGGCCAAGCGUUCAUCAGACUUAACGAUGCUGAAAUUGAAUACAAUCCCAAUUUCAGAUUAUAUCUAACUACCAAAAUAGCCAAUCCUCACUUUCUUCCAUCAGUUUAUAACUUGGUUACUAUGAUCAACUUCAUUGUAACCUUCCAAGGAUUGCAAGACCAACUCUUGUCCACUGUAAUAAUUCAGGAAGUGCCCCAUUUAGAGGAAGAGCGUUACCAGUUACUGGAAAGCAUUUCUGCUGACCUUCUAACCCUGCGAGAAUUAGAGGACAAGUCACUGAAUUUGCUGCAAAACACAAAAGGACACAUACUGGAUGAUGAGGAUCUCAUUGAUAACUUGAAAAAAUCCAAAAUAACCUCCAAAGAGAUUUCAGAACGUGUCAAAGUGUCAGAGAAAGCUGAGAGAGAAUUUGAGCGGAUACGCAAAAGCUUUCUCCCUGUUGCUACUCGUGGUGCAUUGCUCUACUUCGUAGUGGCAGACCUUUUUCAGAUCAACUAUAUGUACCAAUUCUCCCUGGACUGGUUUCGCCAGGUCUUUGGGGAAACUAUAAAGGCAAUGGGUAAGGACCAAGUGCAGCAGUUUUCAUUGACUUCCUAUUCUGCCCUCAGAACAGUACAGACACCUAGCAAACAGGAACUGCAAGAUGCCAAUGGAUCUCAGAAAGAAGUCACAAAUGGGAUGGAUAGUUUUAACCAACAUAUUAAAAGAUCAGUUGACUUGUUGACAGGAAACGUGUACAAAAUAGUUUCAUCGGCUCUAUUUAUAAAAAACAAACUCUGCUUCUCCUUUUUGCUCUGUACUACAAUAAUGAAAAAUCACUAUAAUGGAAUUCAAGGCCAGAAUGAGCUUGAAGGCCUACCAGAAGUAGAAUGGAACAUUUUCCUGUACUCUAGCAUAUUAACACACAUGUGGGAAACCCAAUCCCAGUCUGAAAAUAUUGAUUUAUUUGAAAUAUAUAAAAUUCAAUAUGUUUGGCUGUCUGAAUCCAAGUGGAAGCAGUGUCGGUAUAUCAGCUGUUACAUGGAAGCUUUUUCUCUUUUGUGUAAAUCGCUUUUAUCGAAUAUUCCACAGUGGGAGCAUUUUUGGAAUAGUCAAGGUGUUUAUCGUGUAAUGAACACACCUUUCACAUCUACAUCAUUUCCAUCAAGGCAAGAAGAACAGUCGGAGGAAAAGGAAGAAAAAUGUAAUAUCAUUACCUUCCCUUGGGAGAAACUAACUUCUUUUCAAAAACUUAUCUUGAUAAAAAUCCUCAAACCAGAAUGUUUAACUAGAGCAGUCCGGAAGUUUGUUGAAGAGAAAUUAGGAAAUAAAUAUGUUUAUACUGCUGGAAUUAAUUUGAAGGAAGUAUAUAAGGAAUCCAAUGCCAGCACUCCAUUAAUAUUUAUUCAUUCUCAUGGGAUAGACCCCACCACUCACCUUCUGCGUUUUGCACAAGAGCUGAAAGGAAACACCCAGCACGUGACUAUGGUGUCUUUGGGCCAGGGUCAGGCAGCGAAGGCAGAAGAUCUGAUAUUUAAGGCACAAAUAAAGAGUGGACAAUGGGUUUUCCUCCAGAACUGCCACCUUGCAGCAUCAUUUAUGCCAAGACUUUGUAGCAUUGUUAAUUCAUUUAGCCAGGCAGAUGUGAAAAUAGAUCCUGAAUUUAGGUUAUGGUUAAGCUCAAAACCAGACAGUUCCUUCCCUGUGGCUAUUCUGCAAAAAGGUUUUAAGAUAACAGUGGAACCGCCCCAGGGAUUAAAGGGCAAUUUGCUUCAGACAUUUGGAUACAGUGGUGGUGGAGAAGUAACAGAAAUAGUCUUUGAAAAGUCUCUUUGUGGGCUGUCAUGGAAGAAACUUUUGUUCAGUCUGUGUUUAUUCAAUGCAGUUAUCCAUGAAAGAAAAAAGUAUGGACCAUUAGGCUGGAAUGUCUCCUAUGAAUUUAAUGCUGCAGAUUUGGAGGUGACCAUAAAGAUGUUGGAAAUCCUUUUGGAGAAUCAGACAGAGAUCCCUUGGCACGCAAUACAUUACCUGAUUGGAGAAGUCGUUUAUGGAGGCCGAGUCACCGACCUCUGGGAUCGGCGGUGCUUAUUGACCAUUCUAAACAAUUUUUGCAAUCCUGCAGUGCUGCAAGAGGAUUUCACCUUCUCCCGUGAUGGGGUCUAUCGGCUCGUGUCUGAGUCUGCAAGUUUCGAAGACUGUAGAUCCUACAUUCAGUCUUUACCAGACAUCGAAUCUCCUGAGGUCUUUGGAAUGCACCAAAAUGCUAAAAGGGUCUAUCUGGAGUCUCAGGCCCAAGACUUUGUUAAUAGCGUAAUAACUGUGCAACCAAGAAUCACUAUUGGCAACCUAAUCAUUAGCAGUGGAAAGAGCCAGGAUGAACUGGUGCUGGAAAUUGCAUCAGAUGUGCUGAAGCAGCUGCCCCUCACUGUCGAGAAGGAAGAAUUGAAAUCAGGCCACGAGAACAUGGCCGCAAGCACGCUGACGAACAUCAUGUCGGGGCCCAUUUGGACCUCUCUCCUGAAAAAUGCUAAGGGUUAUGAUCCCCUUCUCCAUUCCACCCUGCUAAUCUUCCUUUGUCAAGAGAUUGGCCGAUUUAAUCAUUUAUUGUCUGUAGUACACCAGUCUUUGAAAGACCUUCAGAGGGCUUUGAAAGGAGAGAUUAUCCUUACUCCUGCCUUGGAUGAGAUUUACAAUGCCAUCAUAAAAUCCAAGGUGCCUGGGUUGUGGCAGCGGAGCUCCUAUAAAUCAUCUAAGCCUCUGAGUUCCUGGAUUAAUGACCUCACUCAACGACUGGAAUUCUUCACCACAUGGGCAAAGCAGGCUCACACCGCUAUAGAGUCCCGGUUUUCCAACUUAAAUGCUACUUGGAAGAAGAAAACGUUCCCGACAACAUUUUCACGAACAUCCGAAGAGAAAUUACAGCCGUUCCGGGAGAAUGCUAGCGGAUCCCCAGCUCGCUUCUGGCUCCCAGCUUUCUUCUUUCCACAAGGUUUUCUCACUGCCGUGUUGCAGAAUUAUGCUAGAAGCCAAGGCAUAGCCAUAGAUUCCCUCACUUUUGUCCACCACAUUCUUGAGGAAGCCCAGAAUGAAUCCCAGAUCUUAAGGAUGCAAAAGAAACUAAGUAUCGUGGACCGAGCUUUUAAAAGCUUGACCCAGGCACAGCAUGGAGUCCUGGUUUUUGGUUUAUACGUCAGGGGUGCCCGGUGGAACCCCGACACACACUCACUGGAAGACUCCCAGCUUCAGGAGAUAUACUGUUGCUUUCCAGACAUACACUUUCGGCCAGAACAGGUUGCCAUCGAAAGAAAUUCUGCCUCGGCUAAGAGAGAUACAGAGCUAAUGAGCUAUGAGUGCCCAGUUUAUCGAACUCCCCAAAGAACGGGAAAUCUGAUAACCACCGGCUUGUCCUCAGACUUUGUAACAACAGUCUAUUUGCCAACACGAGUGCCUCCACAUCAAUGGGUCACAAAGCGGGUGGCCUUGCUGUGUCAACUAGACGAAUGAAGAACGGCAGAGUUCACUGCUGAGCAGUUGUUUCCAACACCAAAGUGAACUCAACCCAGGCAACGCUGUGGAAGAAAUGCAUCUGAGGUACCAAACACUAGGGAAGCCUGAGCCAGUCCAAGUGUAUUUUUGAGAAAUAAACCAACUUUGCAGGAGAGCGAA